CUUACCUAAUACUGUCAGCCAGCUCGGGGUAAUUUGAUUUUUUUUUUUUUAAAACCAACUUGAAACAUGUGAUGAGAAAGAAAUGUAUAAUCCGUGAUGAACGUUUUCACACACUAAAAAAAGGAGCUGUGGAUUUUCGAAACAGUUAUGCUGUAUUAAAGGAAAUAAAAUAGAAAUAAAAAUAUUUUAGAAAAAACAGUAAAUUUAUUGGAAACUUUGCCAAACUUUGUCCAGCUUUUCCCACACUGACCACUAGGGGUCAGGAGUGCAAGGGGUAACGUUUCCAGUAAGUGUGGGAUAAUAAACGCUGCUCUUCGAACACUGGCAGCAUUUGGACUCAAUUUUAUCACGGUUCCUCUUCAUUGCCAAUAUUAAGGGAUCUUUUUCAGCAACACGAACUCUAAACCUACAGAUCACAAGACUUACAACAUUUAUUUGUCUUAAUUGUUGCCACAUGGGAAAAAACAGCAAACAUUGUCAUAAACAACUCCAGGACAGUUGAAUCAACAACUAAAGUGUUAGUCUCUCUGUUUAAAAAAUAAUUUGAUGUUCAUACUGCUAAUUGUGUAAUGUUUCUGCUGAAUUAGCUUGGCUUGCUCCUUAUUCACGACAGUAAGGAGACACUAAUGCUCGGGGCUCAGGUCUGCAGCACCAUGAGGUCACAGCAGCACAACUUUGAAUGGGUUUGUCAUGUAGUUACAAUUUUAAAUCGAACUAUUAAAAUAUAAAAUCCUAAAAUAAUUGUGUGUUUACAUUUUCCUUAAUUUCUAGCUGGUUGGUUACAUUUCUUCUAAGGUUGCACUUAGGUUCGUCUGUCUACUCUGUCUAUAUAGUUUCCCUGCCAAUUGAAGGAUAGCAUGCCCACAGCAUGAUGCAGCCAUCACUGUUUUGCAUGGAGGGGGAUUAUGUUUUCAAGGUGACAAUCAGUGUUAUUUAUCUCUCAAAGCAUUUUGCCUCUAAACCAAAACCUUAGGUUUUAGUUUCAUUUGACCAAAGCUGUAUCCCUCACAAGGCUUGUGGCAAACUGCACACAGGACUUAUGGCUUUCUUUCAAUAAUGACUGUCUUCUUCAUGAAGACCAGAUUUGUGAACCUUGUGUCUGAUAGUUUUCCUUUCAAUGAAUUCUCCCACCUGAACUGUGGCUCUCUGGAGCUCCUCUUGAUGAAUUAUUUGAUUAAUACGCUCUUUGCAUAGCCAGCAGGUUAGGUGGCCAUGUCUUUGUAUAUUUAUGGUACAGGUGUCCCGUACUUUGCCGUCUUUCCAUUUUCCAUCAAAACAUAACAGCCACACUUUUCAGAAAACCUGCUAUAUUCCUUUUGACUCCACAGCUAUGCACUAAGUUGUGUUGGUCUAUUGCAUAACAUCCUAAUAGAAAGUAUGAAGGUUUUAGUUGCAACGUGACAAAUAGGAUUUCUUUCUCAAGGCGCUGUAUAAUACAAAAAGAUCGUGGAUGAACACUUUGUUUGACUAUUACGGGUACAGAAAGUGCAGUUGUCAGGUCGACUCCACCCCUGAUAACCCGGGAGGGGGUUUAUUGCCAAGUCAUUAGUAUAUUUUAGGGCUACUAAAUUCAAGAAAAAUAGUGAAGCGACCUGAAUGAAAAGAAUUGCUACAAACAGUUCACAAUGUUGUUUGUAAUAAAUAAAAAAUUAAACUUAAGGACAGUGUGCGCAAGAUCCAAGAGGACAAAUUCCUGCACACUAGGGUUGGACUUUCUGUGGGUUCAUUCGAAUAUCCUGUCCGUCCAAUCCGUGCGCAGGUCCGGAUCAGUGGCUCCUCCUCUCCGCCGCCUGCUCCCACAUGUAUGUCCUCUCUUCGUCUGUUGCAUUGUCUCAUUUGGGACGCAGAGCACGGAGCCCAGUGGACUGACAGGAAAACUGGAGGAUGUCAAAGGAAAGUCAAGCCUGGGACCGAUGUGAGGGAUAAUAGCUGAUGGUUUGGAUCGACUGAUUCUAGUCAGAGAGAGAGAGCUGCAUGAAGCUGCAAGCUCCACGGCUCUGCACAGAUGGACAGGGUUACGUUUCAGUUAAUUAAAGCUAUGUUAACAUCGCUUGUCCGGACUUGCGUGGCUCUACUUGGAGCUGCACCUUAAACCCAGUCCAGACCCUCAUUUCCGUCGCGCAGUAGCUGGACUGUGUUCAGAGGUGCGCACCGGAUCCGCCGCCUUCGCCCAGGAUGGCCGCCCGCCGCGGCUGCGUGAACUCGCUCUGGUCGGGCACCGAGCGGGUCCGCAUCGGAGAGCGGCUCAAAGCGACGCUGGCGGGGGUGCUGGAGUUGGAGUUGCUUCGGCGCAAACACCUGGAGAUGGUGGACGCCGCACUGAGGCAGCGAGCGCCCGGGGAACCGCGGGCGGAGGAGGCGGAGAGCGCCGCCUCGGAUACAGAGCGUGGCUCUGCGACAUCCCGCAGGCAACAGGCUGCCUCCCCCUCAAACAUAAUGGGGUCAGUCUGUCACAGUAGCCCAGAGGAGUGUCUCAGUAACUCGGGGGAUGUGACUGUCCAGUCCUCAUCUGGCAGGGGUUGUAACUCCCGGUGGUCCACUCUGUCCUGGGACGCCUCCUCCGACCUGCUCUCCCCUCCAACUCCGGACUCCGGCGGCUUGGUCAACCUGGAUAGCGACUCCAGACCUAGUUCAGGUUUCUACUCAGUGAGUGGGAGCUCUCUGUCAGACUCAAGCUACUCCGUGUCGAGUGAGGCUGCCAUUGUUGGACCAGUGACCCCUGCCAGACCCCCAAAACCGUGGGAGCAGGUUCCUGCUUCUGCUUACAACACUGACAUCCUGUGGUCAGAAGGUGCCGUGCAGAUGCAGCAGCCUGCGAUGGAUAACGGCCAAGAGGACACUGAACCAAAAGAAGAACCACCUGCACCAGCUUCAGAAGAUCCAGCUGCAGAGGACCACGAUGCCACUGGUCUCAGCUUUCUGUCUGACCUUUGUAAGGUGGUCGGCGACUCACUGGUUUCCUUUAUCAUCCCCCUUCUUAAUCCCUCUUCAUCCCCCUCAUCUGUGCAUUUAAAGCCCCGGUUGGACCUCUGCUACUGCACAGACUUGGUGUCUCGUCGAACGAAAGAAGUCUACUCUUAUCCAAGCCCACUGCACGCCGUCGCCCUCCAGAGCCCCCUCUUUACCUCGCUGAACCAAGAACAGUCAACCUCCACAACUUCUGAAGAAGCCCAGGACAUUGAGGUGGUAGAAGCAAACCCUGAAGCCGCUGCUCCUCUCCAGCCUCAAGAGCUUCCCACUCUAGCUUCUGUCAGCCACCUGGAGCAGUACAUCACUCUGUUGGCCCACCAGUACCACAAACGGGUAAAUCCUUCCACCUCUGAUCUCAUGUCAGCUGCUGCUCCUGGUCCAGUCCCACAAAGACCUAUUUGCACUUCUGGGAAAAGUCAUGGCUCCACCCAAUCUCUGUCUGCCUUUGAGAGCCGUAAUACACCCUCCUCCCAGUCAGGAGGCAGCAUCACUCCCUGUAAGUCCCUGCUGGGAAACUCAGCCAGAGUCAGCCUCAGCGCUACCGGUAAAAAGGGCACCAGGAAUUCAAUUAACCUGGGUAACCUUCCUUCAGCAACCGGAGAAGACUUGAGCAUCAAUCUGCAUCUCAACCUCAACUUGAACCUGGCUCCUGGGUUAAACUCUAGCCGCGGACUCGUCGACACACCCAAAAACAGCAACUGUGGAGCCAUAAAGAGUGACUUAAACACAGCUUCAGCUGCCUCUUUCACUUCUCUGUCCUCUGCCACGCCCACCCCAGGAGUCAGGUCUCGUUCUCGGAUCUCAACUUGUCCGAGCAGCCUGAGCCACCGCAGUUCCCUGGAAGUUCCACCGAGCUCUGGAGCCAGUCCUGGGUUUGGGUCGUCUUCUUUCUGUCGUUCGUUAGAUUGGAGCACCGGUGCUCCGCCCGAGGUAGGACAGCCGGUGUUUGUGUCAAAUACAGGAUCAGCUCCUGGUUCUCAACGCAGCAGCUUAAUCCAAGACUCCUGCCCUAGUCCCAAACUGAGCGAAGACUCCCCCAUGGUGGGGGAGAUCUCCCGCCUCUCUGGUCUGUCUCGGGCUGUAGUGGUCGGCCUGAUGGAGCAGGGUGUGGAACUGGAUAUAGACUGCUUCCAAACAGAUUCUGCAGGUGGGGUGAGGGGCCACAGUAAAGCUCAUCUGACACCGCAGAGGGAUUCAAUUCACGACUACAGCAGGCUUACGGAGGGCACCCCUCAGAGGCCCAUCCAGCUCUCCCUUAGCGUCACUCACUCUCCUCAGUCUCCGUCCAGCCUCACCCCUCCUCUCUCGCACUCCAACAGCCCCAUACACCCAUACCAGUCUAUCCACAUCCCUCCUCCUCACUACUCCUCACAAUGCCACUACCAGCACAUCCAUUCGCCAUCUGAUAUUCCCUCCUCUACAGCCUCCUCCCCUGCUUCGCACCCCACUCCAAGGGCUCACUCUCCACCACGCCCCCUCAAGCCAUCCCCGAUGGGGGCCACCCCGCUCUCGGUUUUCCGACGGGAUUCGCCCUUCCAGUGCUCCCUGCCGCACAACAACCGAACCUCCUCUUGGGAGCAACGAGGAAUCCAACCAAGAGGUGGAUCGCUCCGACAUAGUGGAGGAGAAGGUGAGUGUGGCAGCAGGUGGAAAAAGGUGGAGAAAGACGGGCUCUACAGAGGGAAACAUUCCUCCCAUAAGUUGGUUAGGGCUGCUACUGUGAGCAGCUACGCCAAGAGAGAGGACUACAGCUCUGUUUGGGCCGAGGAUGGGGAGAAGGUGCGAUCGGCAACCCAGACGCCCAGGAAGUCCUCCGGCAAGCUCUGGAGGGGUUUUGAGGGACGCCUCUGGGGGAAAGGGUCUGAGAGUGAAAAGGAGGAGAUGGACAGAGCCGAGUAUGGAUAUGGCUGGAGUAGGGGGAGCAUUGAAAGCUGGAGGAGGGACCACCGACGAGCCAAGGGUUCCUCCGGUGGUGCCGACAGGAAGCCGAAAGUAGAUCACUCCCCCAUCUUCUCUAGAUCGAGAGGAAAAGAGGACGGGGAGAGGCGCAGCUCAAGCCUCAGGCUUUCCAGGAGGGCUCUGUUCAGAAGCGAGUCCCAGGGCCUGCUUGUGCCUCGAAACCACCGGGAGGAGCUGGCAAAAAGGGGACACUGGGUUUCCUCCUUCGAUGUGACACAGGGCAGCAUGGGGACGAGCAGAGACGAAGGCGUCAGACUGCUGAGAGCCAAGGAAGAGGACAAGCGGCUGUCCUCCACCGCCAGCCUCUUCAACCUCUCUCGCUCUCAGAGCCUAGAGGGCAGCUGCUUGUCGCUCUCCCCUCUGUCCUCACCCUCAUUUUCCCCUUCCCCUCCUCCACGGAUGCCCUUGCAGCGCUCCCGGUCGCUGAGGGAUCUGGGGAGGAAAGUAUUCGGCUCCAUGAGGUCCCUGAGUCUCAAACGAAAGCCAUCCAAGAAGUGACACUUGUACAGCAAACAAACCUCACGCUACAUUCAAAACACCAGUUGUGCUUAGUAUUAUAUCUGAUGUAAAAGGAAGUGCUACCUAAUUUUGUUUUCUUAAAGGUGAACUGAUUAAUCUGAUCUCUGGUACUGCCAGUAGCAGCUACAUGGGGGAUCCUCUCUGGCGCAUUAAGUCUUUCCAACCUGCCAUUAAAAAUCUUCACUGCUGA